AACACUUAAUUGAGCAAUUGGGAUUCCUCACGUGUGGGCUGAUUUGUAGUUUGAACACGUGGCUCAUUCAAAAAAGCCGGAAUAGCGGAGGAUUUUUUUCACCCCCUUCUUCUUCUUCUUCUUCUUCUUAUUCUAGGCUCUAGACUUAGAGGCGGGCGCCAGCCUUACCGUGUGUGACAUUCUCUGUCUCUUUGCCAAGGGGUUUGGGGGAAGACACAAAGUAGUUUCUCCUCCUUUUCACCCAGCCCGCCAUCGUUUGGAGACACGAGAUUAAUAAUUGAGCAUUUAUUUAUUGCGCGAUAGAGACAGAGGGGCGAGGGAGAGCAAACGCACUGUGAGGCUGCCAGUUUAAAUCUAUCUGUGGCUUGAACGACCGGGAAGCACGCCACAGCCACUCCGUAGUAGUAAAGGCGAUUUAGGCUACUCCAAACACUGCACAUCCGUGAGAGCAAAUAACUAUCUCUCCCUCAGCGUAAAGAUUGUCCCUUUUCGGCGCAGAACAUGAAUAAGCUAUACAUUGGCAACGUGAGCGCUGAGGCGAGCGAGGAGGACUUCGAAACUAUCUUUGAGCAGUGGAAGAUUCCGCACAGUGGUCCGUUUCUUGUCAAAACCGGCUAUGCAUUUGUGGAUUGCCCGGACGACAAAGCUGCAAUGAAGGCCAUCGAUAUGCUUUCAGGUAAAGUUGAACUUCAUGGGAAAGUUCUCGAAGUGGAGUACUCGGUCCCUAAACGUCAAAGGAGCUGUAAGCUGCAGAUCAGGAACAUCCCGCCUCACAUGCAGUGGGAGGUUUUGGAUGGUAUGCUUGCUCAGUAUGGUGCAGUAGAGAGCUGUGAACAAGUAAACACUGACACAGAGACUGCAGUAGUCAACGUUCGAUAUGCAGCCAAGGACCAGGCCAGGCUGGCGAUGGAGAAGCUCAACGGAUCUAUGAUGGAAAACUAUGCCUUGAAAGUGUCGUAUAUCCCAGAUGAGACGGCUGCUCCAGAGGGCCCUUCAGCAGGGGGCAGGAGAGGCUUUAAUGCCCGCGGACCCCCUCGUUCCAGCUCUCCAGGUCUGGGCGCCCGGCCCAAAUUGCCAGACGUCCCGCUGCGCAUUCUGGUUCCCACACAGUUUGUAGGGGCAAUUAUCGGCAAGGGAGGCACCACUAUCCGCAACAUCACCAAACAGACUCACUCAAAGAUUGACAUCCAUAGGAAAGAAAACGCAGGCGCAGCAGAGAAGCCCAUCACGAUUCACUCCACCCCUGAAGGCUGUUCGAGUGCUUGUACAACCAUCAUGGAGAUCAUGCAGAAGGAAGCCCUCGACACGAAGUUUACGGAGGAGAUCCCACUGAAGAUACUUGCACACAACAACUUUAUAGGAAGGUUAAUUGGUAAAGAAGGAGGCAACCUGAAGAAAAUUGAGCAGGACACGGGGACCAAGAUCACAAUCUCAGCUCUCCAGGACUUGACAGUAUACAACCCAGAGCGGACCAUCACAGUGAAGGGCUGCCCCGAGGCACUCGCAAAAGCGGAGGUGGAGGUGAUGAAGAAGGUCAGGGAGUCCUACGAGAGUGACAUGGCUGCUAUGAACCUCCAGUCCAACCUGAUUCCAGGCUUGAAUCUGAACGCUUUGGGUUUGUUCCCCAGUGGAGCAGCAGGCAUGGGUCCCCCCUUGUCUAGUGUCCCACCUCCUGGCGCCUACGGUGGAUGCUCACCAUUUGGAUGCAGUCCUUAUGGGGGUGAGGGGCCAUUUUGGGCUUCUAUGCUGUCGGCGAGUAGCCAGCCCCUUGCUGGACACCCAGAGUCGGAGACGGUUCACCUGUUCAUCCCUGCGCUUGCGGUGGGAGCCAUCAUCGGAAAACAGGGUCAACACAUCAAACAGCUGUCACACUUUGCCGGAGCUUCAAUCAAGAUUGCCCCUCCAGAAGGAAUGGAUUCCAAAGUGAGGAUGGUCAUCAUCAUUGGACCGCCAGAGGCUCAGUUUAAGGCUCAGUGUCGCAUCUUUAGCAAGCUGAAGGAAGAGAAUUUCUUUGGACCUAAGGAAGAGGUGAAGCUGGAGGCUCACAUCAAGGUUCCCUCCUGUGCUGCUGGACGAGUCAUCGGAAAGGGUGGAAAAACAGUAAAUGAGCUGCAGAACCUGACCUGUGCAGAGGUGGUGGUGCCACGGGACCAGACACCCGAUGAGAACGACCAGGUUAUAGUGAAGAUCAGCGGACACUUCUUCGCGUGCCAGCUGGCCCAGAGAAAGAUUCAGGAGAUCCUGGCCCAGGUGAGGAGGCAGCAGCAGCCGAAGCCCGGAUCUGGAUCCGGAUCUCAAACUCCACAGCCCCGCAGGAAGUAAAGCUCCAGCGGACCUGGAGGAAUGGUGACUGAAUCUGCCAGAAGACUCGACAGAUGCACAGAUGCAGCAGAGUCCAGGGGGAGACGAAGAAGACACGGGGUCACAAUGCUCAUCUCAGGGGUCAAAGGUUAUGAGAACCCAACCAAACAUCACCCCUUUUUGUCUUACUUGAUGAACUUUCAAGUGUGGCUAUUAAAGAGACCCCACGCCUCCAAACCUCCACCCUCCUCACCUCUCUGCAUCUCUGUGAGAAUGUACUUCUGAGGGCUCCCAACUACGUCACCUGCCCUCACAUGUACGCACCCCUUGACCGCUCUCCUCCUCCUCCCCCCCCACGGGUGUGUUAAAAAAAUUUUUUUGUCCUCUUUUUACACUAGAAACACAAAGAAGAAAUAAGGAUCCCCCUCCUAUCACUUCCUUGGUGUGGUACUUCAAACCUGACAAGAUGUUUUGGUUGACUUCAGAUUUAGUUUUUUUUUUUUUUUUUUUUUCUUUUAAGCGUUUAAUUGGUUGAUGAAGCUUUCUCAUGAGUUUUCUGUGGAAAGGAAAAGGCAUUGCUAUCAAGGUCCUGGUUGGACCGACAGAGAGGUUUAUUUUGGGGGAGGGUUGGCUCAGAUUGGGUGGGCCAUGUUUAGGGGAAAGAUUCUUGUUUCAGGACAGGACCCCUGAAAGGGUGGAUUAUAUUGGGUGUCCUGCUCUUGUAAUGAUAGUGGCAUUUUAUAAAUUUGGAUGCAUUUUAUAGAUAGACCUAUAUACAUAGAUGAAUAUAUAUUUAGAGGUGAGGGCAGCGCCACGACUGACACUUAGGGAAAUGGUGCCGAACUGCUGCUGCCCAGGAAAACCAAUUUAAUAUGCAUUUUACUUAACUACCUCAGGAUCUAGUACCUCAGAAGAGAAAAGAAAAUGAUUAUAUAUAUAUGAAAAAAUGUUCCUUUCUUUUUUAUUUUGCUUUUGUGGUAUUUUGUAUACUUUAUAAAGCUGAUAGUCUUUGAACAUUUUUAUUUUUUUAAGAAAAUUUAAAAUUUGGUCAGCUGCCAACUGACCUUGCCUUCAACUCUGGUGCUUUAGGUGGCAUUGUUCAUGUGUAUGUGUGACUUAAGAUGACCCUGUACAUAAAGUCUAUUUGUACAUAGCAGCCCCGGAGCAAGAGUUGGCGCCCCCUCAGCUGGCGGCUGACAGGAGUAUCGAGAGAAAAUCGCCUCAGUUUUUCCCCUGAGGGUCCACCAUCUUCUGAAAAAAAAGUACAAAACAACUAAGACAUGCAAAUAAUGCCAACCGUAUAAUUGCAGCAAUGCCAUUUAGUUUUGGGAUUGACAUUGUUUCUGGUAGUGGUACUUUAAUUUGUCAAAAAAUAUCCUUUUGCCUUCCUAAGAGGGCUGUGGUCAGGGCAGUGCAGUGCGGACUGUGAUGGUCCUCCCUCUAGCUGCCCUACAGUCAGCAGAGCGUCUGUGUUUUGUCUGUUCUGUUCCCAGGCCAUCAGCCACCUUCUUGACGAUGGUGUCUUAGCAAGGUCCAAGCCCGACUAGGUUUAUUUUCAUAGAGCAAGCUUUGUCAGUUCGGAGUGGUCCUUGUAGCCAGACCAUCAAGUCAAUGUCAACGUCGUUCACUGCAUGGUGAGGGUAGGGGGAGUCACACUGAUAGACGCAUACAUUUUUUUUUUUUUUUUUUUUUUUUUU